ACCAUCACUUAUUCCAAUUUAUUAGUAGUCACAAAAAAAAUAAAAAAUGAGAACUUCAAUUUUUGUUCUCUUUACCCUUUUUUUCACCUAUGCCAAUGCAGCCACAAUUUUAGUUCGUAACAAUUGUCCCUACACAGUUUGGGCUGCUGGAGUCCCGGCCGGAGGCGGCAAACGCCUCGAUCGUGGCCAAACGUGGACGAUAAACGCCCCUCCGGGGACUAAACAAGCUCGAGUUUGGGGCCGUACCGGAUGCAAUUUCGAUGCAUCCGGUAAGGGAAAAUGCCAAACUGGAGAUUGUAAUGGUCUUCUUGUAUGUAAAUCUUUUGGUGUACCACCCAAUACAUUAGCUGAAUAUGCCCUAAACCAAUUUGCAAAUAAAGAUUUUUUCGAUAUUUCUCUUGUCGAUGGAUUUAAUGUUCCUAUGGAAUUUAGUCCAACUUCCAAUGGGUGCACCCGUGGCAUAACGUGUAAAGCAGAAAUUAAUCAGCAAUGUCCUAAUGAAUUGAAGGCUCCCGGAGGAUGUAACAAUCCUUGUACCGUUUUCAAGACUGAUCAAUAUUGUUGUAACUCUGGUAGUUGUAGCCCAACUAAAUUUUCGAGAUUUUUUAAGGAGAGGUGUCCUGAUGCAUAUAGUUACCCUAAGGAUGAUCAGACUAGUACUUUCACUUGCCCUGCUGGUACUAAUUAUAGGGUUGUGUUCUGUCCUUAAAUAUCUAUCUGCCUAUCUAUCUAUCUAUCUAUCUAUCUAUCUAUCUAUUUGUAUCCUUUUGUAUUAAUAAUUCGAAUAAGGCUACGUUAUUCUCCUAGCUAGGAGGAUUAAUUACUAAGUCAAGGAAAAAUAUGAUGUUUUUAUUCAUCAUAUACAUAGUGAUAUUAUGGAAGUACUAUAUAUGUAAUUCCUUAGUUUGUGAUAAAUAAAAGGAAAAUAAAGAAUAUCUUUUUGA